UAAAUUGCUUUUCUCUACGCUUCACUAAAUUCCUUUCUUAGCUGUGCAUGCCACAUUCUUUUCUCCCCUCAUCACUGCUUCUCUAAUUCCUUCUGAGUUUAGUCAGAUCAUCGUUUGAAGAUCUUGUUGGGCCAGGACAGGAGGUCUCCUGGUUGUCGACCAGCUUGGCACUGGUUCCUUCUUCUGUGUGCUAAUCAAAAUCCUUGAAGACAAUAUAAUGGACCAAAGAUGGAGGCUAAACAAAUCACCUCUAGAUAUCCAUGGAUAAACACAAAAAUCAUGAAUCGGGAGCGCCCACAAAAGAAGAGGGUUAAACAUACCGAUCCAUUUUGGGAUCAUGUUGAGAAGACAAAUGAUGGUGGUCCUUUCAAGUGCAAAUUUUGCAAAUCUAUAUUUGCUGCGUCUACUUCAAUCUCAAGGUUCAAAUAUCAUUUGUCAGGAGAAAGUGGGAAAGGAGUUGGUAUUUGUGGAAGAGUACCCGUUGAUGUUAAAGAAGCAGCCUACCAAGCAACGCACAAAAAACAAAAUGCCAUCCCACCAAUUGAUCAUACAGUUCCUAAUGUAGAAGCUCAAAGAAUAGAGCAAGAAGGGAGGGAUCUCCUAGAUAUGACAAUGGAAGAUUGGACAGAGAGUACGAGAUGGGAAGAGUUGAUGGUUAUUGACGAAGCUGGUGGAUCGAGAGGUUCUCAAGGGCAAGGAGGAUAUCCUUCAGACAUACUAGAUACAGAAAAUUUGACACAGAGCAGAACCGUGGAAGGGAUUGCACUUAUUGACCAAGUUAGAGUUUAUGAAGAGCAAGGGACAGAAGUUUCAGAUGGUGGAAUGGAGAAUUUGACAGACAACUUCACCAGAGGUGUGUCGAUAGUUACUGCCGAAAGUAGAGUUUCUGAAGGGCUUGAUGCACAUAAAGCUAAAGGAGAAGCAUUGCUGACAACAAAGCUGGUAGGUCAGGCUUCUGACAGAAAUAAGGAGACGAUCUGGUCUAGCUUAAUGAAGGAUGACGUCUUAAGUGUUGGCAUAUAUGGGAUGGGCGGUGUCGGAAAAACAUCACUGGUGACGCAUAUCCAUAAUCAGCUGCUACAAAGACCAAGUUCUUUCAAUUAUGUGUUUUGGGUUACCGUAUCACAAAAUUUCACCAUCAGUAAAUUGCAGUAUCUUAUUGCCAAAGCUAUUAAUUUAGACCUUUCAAAUGAAGAGGAUGAGAAGAAAAGAGCUGCAAAGUUGUCUAAAGCAUUAGUUGCCAAGGGAAAAUCUGUUCUCAUUCUAGAUGAUUUAUGGAAUCAUUUUCUGCUAGAAAUGGUGGGCAUACCUGUUGCAGUUAACGCGUGCAAGUUGAUUCUCACAAGUCGAUCGUUAGAAGUUUGUCGGCGGAUGGGUUGCCAAAACAGCAUCAAGGUAGAGCUUCUUACUAAAGAAGAAGCUUGGACUUUGUUCGUGGAGAAACUUGGGCAUUAUGAUAAACUUUCUCCUGAAGUCGCAGCCAUAGCAAAAUCUGUUGCAGCAGAAUGCGCUUGUCUACCACUUGGGAUUAUAGCAAUGGCAGGAAGCAUGAGGGAAGUGGAUGACUUGCAUGAAUGGAGGAAUGCAUUGGCAGAAUUGAAACGAUCAGAAGUUGGGGUAGAAGACAUGGAACCUGAGGUAUUCCAUAUUUUGAGAUUUAGUUACAUGCACUUGAAUGACUCAGCAUUGCAACAGUGUCUCUUAUACUGCGCAUUUUUUCCAGAGGAUUUCAUCGUAGAUAGAGAGGACUUGAUAGGUUAUUUGAUCGAUGAGGGAAUAAUUCAACCAAUGAAGAGCAGGCAGGCAGAAUAUGAUAGAGGUCAGGCUAUGCUUAACAAGCUUGAAAAUGCUUGCUUACUGGAAAGUUAUAUAAGCAAAGAAGACUACAGAUGUUUCAAGAUGCAUGACUUGAUUCGAGAUAUGGCUCUUCAGAAACUAAGGGAGAAAUCACCAAUCAUGGUUGAAGUUGGGGAGCAACUAAAAGAAUUACCAGAUGAGGAUGAGUGGAAAGUGGAUGUCAUGAGAGUUUCGUUGAUGCAAAAUCACCUCAAGGGAAUUCCCUCUGGCUGUGCACCUAUGUGUCCCAAGCUUUCAACGUUGUUUUUAUCCUUAAAUUUCAAGCUAGAAAUGAUUGCGGAUUCCUUUUUCAAACAUUUGCAAGGGCUCAAGGUUCUUAAUCUAUCAUGCACCGCUAUCCGGGAAUUGCCAAGUUCCUUCUCCGACUUAGUGAAUCUCACUGCUUUAUAUCUCAGAAGGUGUCACAAUCUAAGAUAUAUACCAUCACUAGCAAAGCUUAGGGAGUUGAGGAAAUUGGAUCUCCGCUAUAAUGCACUUGAAGAACUGCCUCAAGGGAUGGAAAUGCUGUCCAAUCUCAGGUAUCUUAAUCUUUUUGGAAAUAGUCUUAAGGAGAUGCCUGCUGGUAUAUUACCUAAGCUCUCACAGCUACAAUUCCUUAACGUGAACCGGGCGUCCGGCAUUUUCAAGACAGUACGAGUAGAGGAAGUAGCAUGCUUGAAGAGGAUGGAAACUUUGAGAUACCAAUUCUGUGAUCUUGUUGAUUUCAAGAAGUACCUCAAAUCUCCAGAAGUGAGGCAAGCUCUGACCACAUACUUCUUCACAAUAGGACAACUAGGUGUGGAUCGAGUAAUGGAUUCUUUACUUUAUAUGACACCAGAGGAAGUCUUUUAUAAAGAAGUUUUGGUUCAUGAUUGCCAAAUCGGUGAAAAAGGAAGGUUUCUUGAGCUCCCAGAAGAUGUUUCAUCUUUCUCAAUCGGAAGAUGUCACGACGCAAGGAGCUUAUGCGAUGUUUCUCCAUUUAAACAUGCAACUUCACUGAAGUCCUUGGGGAUGUGGAAUGUGAUGGGAUAGAGUGCUUGGCAUCGAUGUCAGAAUCCUCCACGGAUAUUUUUGAAAGCCUCGAAUCGCUAUACCUUAAAACUUUGAAGAACUUUUGUGUCUUCAUUACAAGAGAAGGAGCUGCCCCACCAUCAUGGCAAUCUAAUGGUACCUUCUCUCAUCUUAAAAAAUUGAGAAUAGGUGAAUGUCCGAGUAUGAAAAAUCUGCUCUCCCUUGACUUGUUGCCAAAUCUCACAAACUUGGAAGUGAUUAAAGUUGAUGACUGUGACCAAAUGGAGGAGAUAAUAGCAGUAGAGGAUGAAGAAGAAGGCAUGAUGGUUGAAGAUAGCAGCUGCCAAAAAUUUUAAAAAUAAAUUAAAGUGUCCAAAAGGAAGUAUGGAUAAAAUCCGAAAAACGCUGCGAAUCAAAAUCUUAAAUGGAUAAAGGGCCUGUUGAGGCCCAGUUUUAAUAUCCAAAAGACCCACAACUACUUUCAUUGCACGUGUUAAAAAAGUUCGAGUUCAGCCCUGUUCCCCUGACCCGUUUCGAAACUCACACUUUUAUUUAUUUAUUUAUUAUUUUAUGAUUACCCUUUUG